AUGACUGAUCAGACCAAAGGACAGUUUUCCACUGAUCUGAUGGUCCUUGUGUUUCUUAGCCUAAGCAAGUCUCUUCUGUUCCUCCAAACUGUAUGGAUACUUUCUUGUCUAGGAGCCCGCUUUAAGUCAGGUUCGCCCGCAGAGCUGCGCGAGAGCGUGCAGGUGUCCAGCCUGACGCUGCUGGUGCUCGUGCUCAUUCCCUGUGUAGUCCUGCUGCUGCUGUUGAACUGCCUUCUGUUGGGACACAAACUGCUGCAGCUCGCCAGGAAAAAAAGGGCGCGCUACGGCUCAGAGUGCACGCUCUUGCACUCUUCAUCGUCGUUGUCCACGCGCCAGAGAGUCGCCCGUUUCGGCGGCGACCCGUCGUUCGGGCCGCCACGCAAAGCAACCUAUGCGUCUGUCUCGGAGCCGAUGCUGGCGCAGCCGAUCACCUCUUCCCUCACGUCGUCGGCGGAGCGCAGGGCUGCCUGCGGCCGGCGCUGCAGACCGGAGGCUCUCGCACACCCGGACGGGGCCACGUGUGCGGGCUCGGGGUCGCUCCGCGUGCCGAGUACGCUGCUGGGCGCCAGCGGGUCGCGCGCUUGGCGAAGGAGCGCGCCGGUGCUCUUGCAGUCCAGCGACUCGGAGCUGGAGCGCGAGAAUGUCGCACCGCCGAAUUCUCCAGAGCAGCUCCUGAUUCAAAGCAGGCACGGUUCAUUACCUGUGAUGAUGCGCAGGAGUAGCACAGUAGAGCUGGAGAUGGUCUCACUCGAUAAGGUCCAUGUGGAAGGAGAACUCGUUAGCAGCAUCCCCCAGGAGAUCUCGUGCUUCAUAGCAUCUGCAAGCUCUUCAGCUGCCGGGCCUGGCCUGGACAGUGACUUUGGUGCCAGCGCAGGUGUGUCUUUGCGCAUCCUGUCGGCGGACAGCGACGGUUUUCCAGGGGCGACUUGGGCAUCUGGUCUCGAAUGGGAUUAUUACGACCCUAGUUACGUCACGCAGAACCACGUUCCCAAACACAGACACCACGCACCACCCAUCACAAGCAAACAGUACUGGGUCUAAAAUGCAUCGCUCUCCAGAUUAUAGACAAAGAACUCGAUACAGUUUUUUUUACUUUUUGACACAAACCCCCAGCACUUUAUCCACAUGUAUAUUUGCACAGCUAACUUUCCUGGACUGCAGUAGGUUUUUGUUUAGGAGAAUCACCAAGUUGUGUUUAAUCACAUUUAAUUAGUAUGCACUUGUCUUUCACUGUAUUCACUCAAUGUUGUUUGCAUGUAUUUUGUGAUUCACUACAAGUUUCUAUAGUUUGGGCCUUCAAGCACAUUACCACAGGCAGCUAAAAACUCAUUUGACCAGAUCAGACUGUCAUCUCAAUUUUAUUGUCCAAAUAAAACAUUUUAAAUGAAUAUUGGUUUAAAAAAAUAAAAACUGUAGGAUGGGUUUAGAA